AUGAACUUGUCGAUGGACCUGCAUGGAGAAUAUAUAAAAUGGCCAACAUCAUCACCUCGACCCGCCGCGAAACUAACACUGCAUAAAUCCAACUGGAAAAUCACUGGAAAUAAUGGGUCGCUCGAUCUCGCCUUCAUUAAUCAGUCCGAGUUAGAGGAGUCGAUACUCCAAACGAAUUAUUCGCACAACUCAGGACACAUGAUUUGCUCAAAGGAGAAAUGCAUUAGUGAAAAAUGUGUAGGAAGGGCCGGGGGACCGGCGCGCCGGGGGCGCCUCGCGAAGCGAGGAGGCUCGCUUCGCGAGGGGCGCUUUGCGCCAGCCAGCCAACCUGGCCCGACGAAGUUGGGGAUUGUGUUAAGCUAG